AUGCUGUUCCUGGCGCUGUUUGUCAGUCUGCCCCUGGCUGCAGUCGGCUCGCCCCGGCUGCUCCGGCACGAGAUCUCGGCGGACGGGCAGAGUCGCGCCCUGCAGCCUCCGCUGGAGACAAUUCAGCUCCACCAGCUGCCCGCAGUGCGUGGCUGCUCGGAUUGCUGCAACGAUGGGCAUGACUUUGUGCCCUGCGCAGACGUAGAGCUUUGUGCCAAAGCGUGGAAGAAGCAGAGCGGCCGCUUUGCCCUGGUCUUCUCCUACGUCGGGAAGAUGCCUGCGACUGCUUUGCCCUUCCUGCGCUCUGCAAAAGCCGCUGCGGACCUGGCAGAGGCGGAUUUGCUGCUUCUGCUGCCCGAGGCGGACGCUGCAGACGUUCAUCCGGACAUGCGCCGCAGCUUGCGGGACGCAGGUGUUGAGACGCGCCUGGUGAACUGGACGCUGCCGCCGAAGAUGAAGUUCACCAGGAAAGAGAACUGGUGCGGGCAAAAGGAUCUCAUCCGCCUCCACGCGCUAGGCCUUGACAGCUAUGACGCCGUGGCCUACUUCGACAAUGACAUCGAAUUCCAGGGCGACAUCAGACCACUGCUGCAGUGCGCCGCAGCAGGCCACUUCCUGACCACCAACGGGGGCAUUGGGGAGGCACUCAACGUGGGCUUUUUCGCUGCGAAGCCGCGGAAGGAACUGCUUCAGGCCGCAGAAGACUUCGCAUCAGAGGCCUCCUACUCCCAAGAGAGCGGCUGGGCCCGGGAGGGCUGGAAGCCCUGCGGCGGGUAUUACGUGGGCGGCGAGUGCGGACAGGGCUUCUUCCACACGGUGUUCUACAAGCGCCAGGCGGCUCUGAAGGAGCGUUUGCUCAAGGUGGGCGAGAAGUUCACUGCGCUGCAGGUGGACAAGUGCGUCUGGAAUUACCAGACGAGCUUUCAGUGCAAGGCGGACUUCGACUGCGCCCGAGUCCGUGUACACCACAAGCCUAUGAAGCCUGGAUCGGACCCCCACGAAUGCCUGAAGCGCCAGUACAGCAGCCUUAGAACCCAGAACCAGUCACUGUUGCAUUCCGGCGUGAAGCCAGUGAAGCAGCGCUUUGGCUUCUACUUCCCCGUGCAUGACCAGAUCGAGGGGGUGGUGGAGGUUUUGAAGUCUGCCAGGCGAUUCUACCCGGAAGCGCCGAUUUAUGUGCUGCAAGAUGGCGGAUCCAUGGACUUUGGGCCCUUGUGCCGGAUGGCUCGGUUCAACUGCACCUUCCAGCGCGCCAGCGGGGAGAACAGCCGCUGGAAUCCCCACAGCUGGUUCGCGCGCAUGCGGGCGGCGACUCUUGCGCUGGGCACGGAGUAUGUGAUCUACCUGGAGCCAGACGUAAAGAUCACAAGAAGGCAUACCAUCGAUCCUAAGCACGACGCUGGCGGAGUCUUUGACAAUUUCAACCCAGCCAUGAGCGCGGAGACGAAGGCGUACCUUGAGCGCUUAGGCCGCGAGAGGCAGCCCUGCUUCAACGUGUCUUGGGUUCACUUCGGUCUCUGCGGCGGGUCUUACUACCGCGCCGCGGCGGUGUUGGAUGCCUUCGAGGCCGCCCAGGUGCUGCGCAUCGACUGGCGCGGGCUCCGCGCCAAGGAAGGUGUGGACAAGGCGGUCAGCAGCGACUUCGCCAUGCUGGUGGCCCUCUCGGCACGGGGUUACACUGUCUAUCCCUGGGAGGAGGCGGCGCAGCACUUUCAGGAUGCGCCCACGGAAGUAGCAAAGCUCAAGGAGUUUCGGAAGAAAUGGCCGGGCUGCAAUGAGAGCGCAGCCUUCCAGCACAACCACAAGGAGCUGUACCACGCUCCGAUGGAGGAUGACGAGAGGGCGGCCGUCCAACACUUCGUGGAUAAUGCUCCUGACACUACCUGUCAUGGCUGCGUGUGGUACGAGGAUGGCACGCCGAACACCCUGGCAUUCAUCCCCAGCGAGCCGCCGGAGGUAGAAGGCGAGCUCAGCUUCAGCUACGUCGGAGCGCUGCUGACGUCCUCUCCCUGCACUGCGCAUCAGAGAAGCGAGCAGGCCGACUCCCUGAUCGACCAUCCGGAUUACAUCCUGAAUGCGGGCAGCAACGGGUUGCCCUUGGCUGAGCAUCAGCCUUCCUGGCUGGUGAAGCAGGAUGUCCUGGUGGUGGAUGCCCGACGGCAGGAGAAAGGGGGCAUGCUGAUCGUGCAGCCGGUCUUCAUGGAAGCAGGACCCUUAUGGGGUCGAGAAGAUGUGGCAAGCCGGCCCCGCUGGCUGCGCGCCAUUUUGGCCACCAACCGAUUCCAUGCGCGGCAGCAUGGCCAUGCCAUGGUGAUUAGGUGGCUGCCCAGCAAGCCUCAGCUCCUGCAGUGGCAGCAAGAUCAGUGCGGCCAGCUCUCCGUGCAGGAGUGCACGAAGAAGAACGAGCGCGAGAACUUCAACUGGGAGAAGCACAAAUUGCUGGAGGAGUAUCUCCAAAGCUCUCAGAACUUCAGCCACGUGAUGAUGCUGGACGCCGACGCGGCGCUGGUCCGGGACCACGACGUCUUGGGGAAGAUGGCGGCCGAGCUCCGAGCUCAGCGCCGAGAUGUGUUCCUCACCAACGAAGAUUGGCUUCUUCAUGGUGAGAAGAGGAUCAAUGGUGGCGUCAUUCUGGCCAAAAACAGCCAAUGGUCCAAGGACCUCUUCCGCGACACCUUCGAGGCGCACCAACAGGGGCCGAAAGGUCUGCAGGCGUGGCGCAUUGGCAUCCAGGACCACCAGUGCAGCAGCAACGAGCAAAUCUGUCUGAACGACGCCCUCGGCGCUCGGAACAUGUCCGCUCGCGUGCUCCUUGCGAGUGGUAUCUCCUACAACCGGGGCGGCUGCACCUUGAAGCAUUGCGGGGAGCCUGUGAGUGACGAGUCCAUGCAGGAGAAGGGCCUCCAGGACGAGCGCCUCGAGGUGUUGCACUUCAUGGGUGAUCACACCAUGGCGGACAAGGUCCUGUGCGAUGGCCCGAAAGACCUGACCGGCGACGGCCCCAAGGGCUACGGCUGCAGCGUCUCCGGCUCCUUGCUGGACUCGCCCCUCUCGGUGGGUCAGCUGCGAGAGCCUGCCUACGACGCCGAGCUUCCGGGGCCGCCGGUGCUGCAUCGCAUCAAUCGCCUGUGGCGGAAGGCCACCAAAGCCUUUGAGUCCACGCAAGAAGCGAAGGCGCGGGAGAUGGCGGAAGCCCUGCAGGAGCAGCAAAGGCAGUUCCAGAUGCGAGCCGCGCAGGUAGAGCAGGGCCAGCAGAGGCAGCUGGAGCAGCGUGACGAGCAGAUUGCUGCGCUGCAGAGGGAACUCGAGGCCCUCCGCAGCGAAGUUGAGCAGAAGGAGGGCGCGAAGGCCACCCUGAGUGAGGAGAUCAAGGCUCUCAAGGAGCAGGCCAGCGGAUCUUCGGAGCAGUCCGAGCUUCUGGCGGCCAAACUGGAGCAGAUGGAGGCGGCUCAGAGGCGGCUGGACUACGAGCGCAGCGCCGAGCGUGAGGAGCUGGUGCGCACGCGGGACGAGGCUGUGUCUCGAGUCGACGGCCUGCAGAGGUCCUUAGACGAAGCCCUGGAACGAGGAGACGAACUGGAAAAGCGAUGCUUUGAGCGAGCAGAGAAGCUAGAAAAGAUGAGGACGAUGAUGGAUGAACAAGAGCUGGAGAUGAGCCAAAAGAUCGAGCGCGUGCAGCAGUACGUGAAGGAGCGUCAGGCCAAUGCGUCUGCGGCGGAGAAGAAACAGCAGGAUGCAGAGAGGAUGGCAGAGCGGUGGCAGAACGAGGUCCGUCGAUGUCAGGCAGAGAAGGAGCGCCUCAACGGGCUGCUGCUGGAGAUGGAAGGCCGGCAGAGCGGGCAGGCGCAGCAGCUCAGCGGCGCCUUCGAGCGGCACAAGCGCGAGGUGAACGCCUUGGAGGAAGCGCUCAAGAGGCAAGAGUGCCAAAUGAAGGAAGAGAACAGCGAGCUGCUGUCCAAACGGGAGGAGGAGUUCUUGGCUAAGGUAGCUCUCGAGAAGCAACGGGAGAAGGAGCGCUCAAUUGCUCUUCUGAAGAAAAAGGAGCAAGAGGUCCACAUCAAGGACCAGCAGCUCCGGGCUGCAAGGCAGCGCAUUCAGGAUGCAGACCCUCAAGCCAACGUGCAGCUGCGGUGCGCGGCCUGCGCCAUGCCUGAACACUGCAUUGCGUUUGAUUCCGCUCUAGUGCUGCCGCAGGGCAAGCGGGGACCCAAAGCAGGCAGCUGCGUUCCGAUGACUUCGCAAAACAUCAUCAUCAGGGUAGCAUCGCUACCUUUGCAGUUCACCCACGGGAAGCUCGCGGAGUUCGGGUCAAGGCCGGCGGUGAAGGAACACAAGCUAGCGCCCUCCAUUCGCAUAGCGCAGUCCCAAGACCUCUUCGAAUCGCCCACUUGCUUGAACACCCGGUACUCCUUCUCCCCUGUUUUCAAAGAGCGCGCAGCUUGGGAUGGCUGCCCCGUCAGCUGCGGCUGCUUUGGCAAUCUCCCCCACGCGGCAGGCACUGGCGAUGUGGGCUCUUUCGCUGCCGCCUUGGCCCCUGCCUUAGCUUUUGCCUUUGGCCGGGAUGCACCGCCCUUGGGCUUGGGCUUCGAAACCUUUUCUGCUGUGAAGCAGUCUUGCACCUUGACGGCGAGCCUCAGGAAUGCGCAUCUCAGCUGGCGUGCUCGGCUGAAGCCAGAGUGGGUCGCGGUCCACCCGGCAAACCGGGACGGCUCCGGGGUGAGCCCAAGUUGCGUCCACCAGCUGGCUUCUGACAUCUCGGAGUGCGGCUGGGACUGGGCCCAGAUCCGGGCUUUGUGCGUGGAGCUCUCCCACGAGGAGAUUCCCUUGGUGGUGAAGUUCAACCAAGAGCUUGAUGCCCACGUCGAUGACACGAUGAAGCUGGCGCCCAUCAUCAAAGAAACCAUUCGGUACGGAUCUUUGAGUGCCUCGCACACCAACUGUGCGCUGAGGUUGUUUGCUGCCUCCUGCCUGCACGACGGCAACCCAGAUCUUCUCGUAAAGGGCAAGCUUUCCCUUCACCAGCUCAGGGACAAGGACGCUGCAUACGCUGACGCCGCCGAGAACGGCUUGACAUGGUCCAUAAUCAGCUCCACUGUCAUCACGCGCUACCCCGCCUUAUGCGGCUUGUUGCAACAGGCCAUGAACACCGGAGCGCAACUGCAGCGCCAAGAGGGCGAACUGCAGAUAUGCCUCCGCCUUUUGGGAGCCUGGCAGCAGGAGGCCAAGUCCAAGCCAGACACGCAAGUCCAAUUCAAGGAGAUCCGGAGCAAGGUCCUGCGCACCAAGCCCUCUUGCAGCAAUGCUGCGCCAUUCAUGUAUACCUUCAUCCUCAGGUAUGGAGGAGGGGCUGAUGGCCAGUGGAUUCGUGAGAGCGAGCAGUUUGUGAAAAGGGCUGGCGGUUCGCAGAGGCAGCUGGGCCCGGACCGCUGGGACAACUUGAGUUUGCCUGGCAAAGGUGGGGAGCAUUUGCUUCGCCUUCGCCACGCUGCCCUGCGUGUGUCUUACAUUGAGGAGAAGCCGUUGUCAGUCAGUGACCUUAGGAGACUGCUGAGAUCGAACGAUGCAGCUGCAGCAGAACAGCUGAUGCAAGACGUUCGGGAGCUCGGUCGCAUCACCCUGGCCUCCGACUUGCAUCAGGAGGUGCUUCUCUUUGAGCAUCAGAUCGUCACACAGUUGCUGGACAGGAAAGGGCGCCUGCCCAGCAUGGAGCACGCCGCCCAGGCCUUCAUCGUGAAAGUGCAGGAGAGAGGCGGCCCCUUGCUGACUGAGAAGUGGAGUGCCUUCACCAUGGAGAAGCCUGCUGUGGCAGGGCUGAUGCUGACGUACGACCGGCACAGAGAGCUUGCCGAAUGCGAGGCCAUUGUCAACGAGCUAGGGUUCAAUGCCGGGGACGCUGUCAUGCGGCGCGCGGAUAAAGUCGCGGCGACCAUUUCCGGAUUCACGCAGUCGCACGUGAUUCUGCGCAUCGAAUCCGGUCUCAUUGCGGGGACGGCUAAAGUCUUGGCCAAAUCCUUCUCCAAGAAGGAAUGGACCCACUGUGCUGCGAAGAAGGAGGUGGAGGAGGUGCAGGAGCACUGGCAGCACCGGAUUGGCAGCCAUGUGGAGUUUGGAGUGCUGUAUCUCAAGGGCAAGAUCACUGCUGCGUUGCUGCAGGAAGAGCUCAAGCACUUGGACACCUUGCAGCACUUGACCAUCCAGACUAAACCGUUCAAAAAUGUGGUUGUGACCAAGAACUUUGCAACCAACAAGCUGGUCCUGGUGCCCAUGACCACCCGCAUCAGCACCCAGUUGCAGAAGUCGGGCGCACAGCUUCUGGGAGAGCUCAUGGCUGGCCCAGAAGGCGGCCUUUCGUUUUGGUUGGUGCCGUGCUUUGCGGCGCCAAAGCCUCACCCAGAGGGCUCCAAGGGCAUGAUCGCGCCCUUCUGGCUGGUCCAGACAACUGAGCAACCAGACGAGGCCAACAUGGAGGUGACUCCGGACCUGGGCUCCCACAACGAAUCCGACAAGCUGAUCCACCAGGUCACCAUCAAGGUGCCCGUGAUGAAGAACACGCGCCCGAUCAAAGCUGGUGAGCAGCUUAGGGUGUUUCGUGUCAAGGAAACUAAGGUUCCUGAUUUGGAGGACAUAGUUUCGGCUGCGCCAGCAAAGCGUCGCCGUGUGAAAUCGGCUGACUAG